GGCCCGGCAACGACUGCCGCAAACGUUCAUCAUCGUCAAGAUAAAUAUAAAAGAACAUACUUCUCGUCAUUGCUCCUGCGAUAUCCUCACCAACACAUUAUCCACCGAUCUCGAGCAACACCAACAAUCUCACCUUCGUACUCAAUGGAAACGGUCCUCCAGGGAUUUUCAACUCUUCCGACACGCCCAAUUCGCUCUAUGGGAUCUACAACUGGUGCAAUAUGCCACAUGUAAGGAAACGGGAAUACAUUUCACCAUCCAAUGAUUUCGAACUUCAAUAUGUCGAAGUCAUUCAGCGGCAUCAAAAACGGACACCAUACGGCUCGAAUACGUUCUUUAAAGAAGACGUUACUUGGGAUUGCAGGAAUGCCGGUCAGAUUCACGGUGGUCGAGGACCUCAAGGUCCUAGUAGUGACGUUGCGCAAAUCCAAUGGAACUCGUUCAAUGAUAAAAGCAACCCAUGGUCUACUUCCGUGGGCCCUGGUUUUCCUGGCUCAAAUUGCCAAUUCCCCGCCAUAACUCCAGAAGGGUUGGAAGACUCCCUUACUCAUGGAAAAGACUUGCACGAAGUUUAUUCACGACUUCUUGGUCUUAAAUCAAGACACGAUCCCUCACAAGCCACCAUACGCGUAACGAACAACGUUAUUACUUCGCAAGUCGCUUCUGGGCUCGCAAAAGGUCUUUUCCCAGAUACUCCUCUUGAUUCCCCAGUCCAGGUAGUCAUUCAAUCAAAUGGUAUCGACUCCCUGGAACCCUCCUACAAGUGCUCUCCUGCAGACAAUAUCCGUUCCGCGUAUACGGGAAGCAACCCAGACUGGACGGAACAUCUAACGGCAGCCUCAGCCCUGUAUGACAAACUGGAUCGAGUUUCUGGUAUCGACCGAAACGACUCGGCUGGAUGGCACAUCAGUUUCGACCACUACUACGACAAUCUCAGUGCCAAGCAAUGCCACUCCAAGUCACUCCCAUGUAGCACAAAUGACACCACCCUUUGUGUCACUGAAGAAGAGGCGAAUACUGUGUACCGCCUAGGGAACUACGAAUAUUCAUACUACUUCCGGGACGCGGUCAACUCAACGGCUUAUUCUGCGUUACACUUCGGUGCAUGGUUUGUGGAGCUUAAGGCUCGAUUGGAAGGAAAGAUCAACGGGUCGAGCGGAGUGAAAUAUUAUCAUAACAUUGGACAUGACGGCUCCAUGGCUUCCUUGAUGGGCUUUUUGCAAAUUGACAAGAUGGUUUGGCCUGGGAUGGGGUCCGAAGCUGUGUUCGAGCUGUACAAGAAAGACAAUGGGAAGUAUUACCUCAGAGUCCUUUGGAGUGGUCAACCGAUGGUUACGUCUACUCCUUUGGGUAAGCUGGACAUGAUCCCUGUUGAGACGUUCUUCGAAUAUAUUGACACGAUGGUUGGUUCUGGCGCGGAGCUCUUUGCCGCAUGCAAUCCUUAAUGAAUGAAAUUGGCCUAUGUAUGCUAAUCGUAAACAAAUACCCUUCGUGGAGGUGAACACAGAAAAACGCGACCACGUGGUCGUACACGUC